AUGGCUUCGCGGCGUGCGCAAGCUCUGCUGGCAUCCUCACGGGCCCAGCUCGUGCCCUCGACAUCCUCCCGCGCGGCGGCCUCAUCCUCCCGCGCCUUCGCGACCACCGCACCCGCAGAGAAGGCCCGCGUCUACUCGGCGCUGCACAAGGUGACGCUCGAGCGGAAACGGAGGGCAGAAAUGGGACAGGGUGCGCAUGCGGACCGGAGCAAGAUCCGGCUGCCGCUUGACGAGGCAGCGAAGGUGUUGCAGGCAUGGACACCACUCCAGCCGAACCUCUCCUACGACAUCAAUGUCCAGGUCAAGCCCACUGGCACCAUCCAGCUCAACGCCAUUCGAGGUCGUGCCUUCCUCCCUCACUCAUGCGCCAAUUCGACCAAGCACGAGGUCAUCGUCGUCUUUGCAUCGGGCAAGCAGGCCGAGGCGGCGCGACAGGCCGGCGCAGACAUCGUCGGCGGACAAGAACUCGUCGACGAUAUCCUCCUCGGAAAGAUCAGCCCCGACAAGCUCAUCACCACCAACGAGCUCCUCCCGCUCUUCCAACGGAACCCGACUCUGGCGCGGACGCUCGGUCCGAGGGGUCUGAUGCCUAGUGUCAAGCGUGGGACGGUCACGGAGGAUGUCGUCCAGGCGAUCCAGGAGGCGCGAGGAGGUUUGGACUGGAAGGGUGACUCGAGGGGCGUCGUGCGAGCGGUCGUUGGCCGCCUGCACUUCAACCCCGACCAACUGGCGGAGAACGUGCACACGUUGCUCGCUUCGGUCUCGGACGUGGCUAUCGGCGGAACUGGGUCAAACAAGGGCGGGUCUGUGCAGCGGCAGAGGCGACCCGGCAUCACUCGUGUCAUGCUCACCUCGACUUCAGGACCGGCCAUCGAGCUCGCGGACGCAUAG